GUGGUACUUAAGAGGACUUUAAGGACACUAGAAAACAUUUGGUUCUUUCUAAUGUAUAAGAACAACAAAACUUUCUUUUUUAAUGACUAAAAGGACAGUAAACUACUUUUGAGAUUCAAAUUAUUUUUAGCUCAUUCAUUUUUUGUUAUUUUUCUGACAAGCUUUCUAGUGCAACAAAUAUUUAUUCUCAUUGUGCUUGUAGUGUUUUAUUUCUAGGUGUACAACAAGUGCAUAUCUGUGUCUAUCUUUUUCAAUAUUGACUUUUGAAAUGGAAGUUAAGCAACGCUAACAACCUGGUAUUUUCCUUUCUGAGGAAAUGUGAUGGCUUUGAACAAUACAACACUGCAUUCAGAUGUCAUCAACUCUUCUGUAAGACUAAUCAACGAGAAAGUACUAAUAGUGCAAGUGUUAGUGAUGGUCUUCCUCUAUAUCAACUCUCUCCUCAUUUUCACCUUCUUCAAAAAGGAAACCUUCUACACCAACACACGUUACAUUUUCUUUGCUCACACCCUGAUUUGUGACUGUGUUUUCCUUUUCAUGUCUGACCUUUUGCUUGUAAUGAGCUACUUCCGAAUCCUAAUGCCUGCCGGACUGUGUGUCAUUAUCUGCGUGGUAAUGAUCAUUCUGACUUUUGCUACACCGCUCACCCUGACGGCUAUGAGUGUGGAGCGCUACGUGGCCAUCUGUAUGCCUCUGAGACAUGCUGAGAUCUCUACUCCUCAUCGAGCUCUGUACGGCAUCCUGGUCAUCCACGCUUUCAGUAUCCUCCAGUCAUUUGUUGUUCUUCCAAUCUUUGUAGUCUCAGUCCCACUCAGCUUCUACAUCACGGACAGGAUUUGCAGCGUGGAAAUGCUCAUAGUGAACAGCUGGCAAAGUCACCUCAAGUCUGCAGCCUCGCAGUUCUACUUUCUCAUCAUGAGCAGCACCAUCAUCUUCACCUACAUCAAAAUCUUGAAGGCUGCAAAAAUUGCCUCGACGGAUACGAAGAAGAAAUCCACCUCCAAGUGCCUCAAAACUGUUAUUCUUCACGGUUUUCAGCUUGUGCUCAGCUUGUUCCAGCUAUGGUGCCCUUUCAUAGAAAUGGCUGUGCUUCAAAUCGGAAAUCUCGAACUGUUUGUGACCAUCAGAUAUUUAGAUUAUCUUGCUUUCAUUCUCGCACCUAAAUGUCUUAACCCCCUGAUAUAUGGUUUACGGGAUGAUCACUUUUACAUUGUUUUGAAAAACUAUGCUUUUUGUGGGUUAAUUAACAAAAUAUCCCCUGCCUUUACUGAGAAAUAGUCUUACUAAAAUAUAAAAAUGUUUCACAUUAAUAAAAAUUGUAACAGUUAAAAACUAUAUCUACUGUAUUAACACCUGAACUAUACUUUGUAUUUAAAAAUUUUGAUUUUAUUCUAUUAGUUUGUAUCUGCAGGGCUAGUGAACCCAUGAGACAGCAGAGCUGGCUGCCAAGGUCACCAUAUUCUGAAGGAAUGCCACUUAGCGAACAGCCCCCAUCCGCCUGCCCCAAGACAUAAUAUUGGCCAUUGAAACUUGCUGGGGGGUGCCAGCAGUACAGCUUUCCUAAGGCUGUACAUGGGCUUCAGCUGGCCCUGUGCAUAUGGUAUGUAUGUUAUAACAACAUUUUCAAACUGUAAAUUCAGAGAGGAAACUGCUUUGCUGAAUUUUCUAUAUGCUGGUGCAGGAGAUAUCAGUAUACAGGCAUAUCCACGUCUUUCAUUGAUUAUUUUAUUAUUCAUAUUUGAUAGAUUUGGACACAUUAUAUGUAAACAUUUAUGUUGUAAAUGCAUGAUCUCGUUUUUGCAAAGUAUAUGAAAAUUUCAUGUGAAAAUGGAAUAAACAGUAAGAGAGUGAACACAAACAUUUUUAGUUGUUAGAUUGACGACAGAAACGUGUUCACAGGAAAUGGUAUAAAGCUGUACACUGCAACUAUAUGCAGUAUCAGCUGUGACCGGUGUCAGAAUAAACAUGUGAUCAGGAGAAAGAGGCUGAACACAGUGUGUAGAGCUUAACAUUUUAAUUUUUCUAAAGGAAAUAUGGAAGAAGUAAAUCACAAACCCCAGCAUGACUAGUUAAGCUGUGUGGAUGAAUACAGUUUUGUUCAUAAAAUGAUUUUUAAUAUUUCAGCAAUUCAGAAAAACUGUAAAACAUGUCACUUAUCUAAAGAACAUUUAUCCCAAAGUGCUACAAAUGCUUUUAUUCAGCACCAAUAAUCUGAGAUCAUUUUGAAUGUGAUUAUUCUGUUUUUUUUUCUUAAAAUCUACUGUAAACAUACUUUUCAAAAACCUAUUUUCACUGGUCCUGACAAACUGUAAAAAAUCACAUUAUAAACAUUUCUAGCCAAGACUUUUGAGCUCUGAAGCUUAUAGACAUAGGAGCUGGCUACACAAAGGUUAAUGAGACAUUCAAAGAAUUGUAUGAGGUUUGAUUACUAAAGUGUUACAACUUUGAAGUGACUUUGGGGUCAUCACACCUUUGCAUACUGUCAAUGGCCCAUCAGUCUGGAAUGUCUGUCACUGCUCCUCACACUAAUCAGUUUGGAAAGGCAGUGGGAAUUUUACAGUUUUUUUUUCAAUUCAAGACAGAUACUGCAAUACUGAAGUUGCUUUCUCCGAACGCUUCAUACAGUCACCACAACAUUAGCUUACUGUAUGUGGGCUAAACUGUUAAGCAUUUUGUUUAUUAAGCAUUGUAUUUAUGCAAUCAAUAACUAAAUGCAAUCAAUAACUAAAUGCUUCAAAAAUCACGGAUUCCUGUCUCACUCACAACAUUACAUUUUCAGAGGCCAUUUUGCACAUAAGUACAUACUGACCCUAAAACUGCUAAUAAAACAGUCAAAACUGAAAUAUGUCAUUUUGCUAAAUUACUAUCAAGACCCUUUCCAUAAUAGAUGAUAAAAACCACAUAAAAUAAACAAAUUAUGUUAAUUGACACAAGAUCAAACAAUGAAUGCUGUAUGCCAAAAUAUUUCUCCAAAGCAAUGCCAAGGAUGGAUCAUGUAUGUGAAGAGACUACC